AGAGUCAGAGAAAUUAUGAUAGGUUUGCUGGUUUUGACAAAUGGAUUCUUGACCCGUGUGCAACGCAAGGGUCAUAACUCUUUAGUAUUUCUAAUUUCCUCCCUUUAAUUUCUUGAACGUGGAAGCUUAAGAGCUUAUCCCUUUCCCCUGCUUCCAUCUCUUUUCGAAAAAUCUCUGGUGUCAAGUGGAAAAUGAGCUCACUGCCAUUUGCAGUUGGGACUUACUCUCCCAGAAACCUCAGCAAACCCCAUUCCAAACUCCUAACAAAGAAUGUGGAUAAAGCAGUUACCAGUAUUAAAUGGUCAAGCAACAAGCAAAGCAUCUCUCCCACUGAGCAGCUAAAUGGGAAUCCCGGGGCUUUCAAGAGAAGGGAAGCAGUUGGUUUUGGUCUUUGUUUCGGCCUGCUUGAAGCUGGGUUGUUGCAACUGUCACAGCCCAGUGCAGCUGCAGAAGAAGCUCCCUGUGAACUAACUCUAAGCCCGUCUGGCUUGGGUUUCUGUGAUAAAGUUGUAGGGAAGGGCCCUGAGGCUGUUAAAGGACAGCUGAUAAAGGCACAUUAUGUUGGGAGAUUGGAGAGUGGGAAGGUCUUUGAUAGCAGCUACAAUCGUGGAAAGCCUCUUACAUUCCGCAUUGGUGUUGGUGAGGUCAUCAAAGGCUGGGACCAAGGCAUAUUAGGUGGUGAUGGAGUUCCUCCCAUGCUUGCUGGGGGAAAACGAACAUUAAGGCUUCCUCCAGAACUUGGAUAUGGUACAAGAGGAGCUGGUUGUAAAGGAGGUUCAUGUAUUAUUCCUCCAGAUUCAGUUCUGUUAUUUGAUGUGGAAUUCAUUGGCAAAGCAUGAAAGAGCUUCCUUUUCUCACCAGAAUCCAAUGAAAAGGCUUCCAACUAUGCUGUGGUGAUCUUUUUCUUUUGGUGGUGAAGAAGUAGAAAGUUUGCAAGAAAUCACACUUUUAAUCCUUCUUUUAAGUUUUGUAGUUGUAAUGAAUUAAUUGAAAUUUAUUGUUGUGACAAAACCCUGUCUUAAUAUUGUAUACAGAACAAAGAGUUUUACAGAUAAAUAAAUAAUAAUGAGAUUCAUGGAUGUGGCUACUAUCAUUGGGGCGAAUACUUGGUGCUUUGCUAUGUUUAACCAACUACCCAAGAGGGAGGGAAUGGAGCAAUACCCCAUCAUAUGGUUUCUACGAAGACAUUGGGGGAGUUACAGACAAUGCCUGCAUAUCAUAUAUUUCUCCAUUUCCAGCAUCUGCUGAAGCAACCAAUU